GAGGCGGCGCUGGGAGAAGCUCUCAGCUAUUGGCCUGCUCCCGGUUGUCAGGACUGGAGGAGGCCGGGAAGAAUCCGUGUGGCUGCCUGAGAACUCCGACACAAAAUCACUGCUUGCGAUAAAACUAACUGUACUGACCGAGCGGGGGAUUACUGCGCUGCUGCUCUGCGUUAACUAUAUCAGCAGCGGCUCGGUUUACAGGGCGCGGGCAGUGAGAGCGGACACUGCCAGAGAGUCCAACUACCGCUGCCGUUACCGUUACUUAUUUAUAGCUGCUUGAAGUCGGAGGCUCCGCAGUGCUAGCAGCCCGAGAGCGGUGUGACAGAGCACGACGAGCCUGGACAGUCCAAAGACUUGGCAACAUGUCUUAGAAACACUCCCAGGAACAUCUCCCGGUGCUUAUUUACCAGAGGAGAGGGGUGGCGUGUGUGUAAAUCCGCUGUUUGGAGCGGUUAGCUCGCCGGGUUAGCACAGGAAAAUGCCUUAUAUUUCGGGUGACGGUUGGUUGCUAGGCUAGCUCGCUGCUAGCUGCCUGCCUGUGUGUGGGAACAGUAGCGACAGCCGAACCUCGGUUUCUGCUCUGUUUAUCGGGUUAAAACACAGCCAACUGGCUCUUAACGGCGUGAGAACAUUGUGUGGACUGUACCUGAGGAGAUAGCGGAUCUUUCAGACUGCAGGACGGCUCUUUAAUCUCCAUACUUUGCGACUAAAAUCCCAGUGAGAAGAUCAGAAGAGGAGUCGACACCUGUUCACUCAGACUGGCAGUGUCAUGAACCCUCUGGCGAACAGCUGUUGCCCACAUAGAGGUCUCUCAGCCUCCUGAUUGUGUCCUCUCCUGCCCCAGAGGAUGCUGGGAAUGUGUCGUGGGCGCAGGAAGUUCCUGGCUGCGUCCCUCGCCCUGCUCUUCAUCCCAGCGCUCACCUGGCUCUACCUGUCUGCUGCCAACUUCACAGUGAAGCCGCUGCCUCUGUCUCCACUGGAGCUCCAGCCCUCCACGCUGGUCGGUGGCGCCGGCGAGCGUCAGGCUCUGGAGCUUCGGGUUCGAGAGGUGGAGGAAGAGAACCGAGCGCUGAGGAGAGAGCUGAGCCAGCCGCCCAAAAACCCCACCCACUCCAACCAGCACAGCAACAGCCAGCAUGGGAAUCAGUCACAUCCACACUCCACAGAGGAAGGGACUGGUGAUAGCGAGGCACAGAAGGUGUUCACCACAGGCAACAGCUCCAGCUGCAUCCAGCAGCCUGUUGUUGACAAAUGUGAGACCAUCCACGUUGCCAUUGUGUGCGCAGGCUACAACGCAAGCAGAGAUGUGGUGACGCUGGUCAAGUCUGUGCUGUUCCACAGACGGAACCCUCUUCACUUCCACUUCAUCACCGACUCCAUCGCUCAGCAGAUCCUGGCCUCCCUCUUCCACACCUGGAUGGUGCCAGCAGUCCGUGUGAACUUCUACGAUGCUGAUGAACUAAAGUCCGAGGUGUCGUGGAUCCCCAACAAGCACUACUCCGGUAUCUACGGCCUGAUGAAGCUGGUUCUGACCAAGACGCUGCCCUCUGAACUUCAGAAAGUCAUCGUUCUGGACACCGACAUCACCUUCGCCACAGACAUCGCUGAGCUGUGGGCCGUCUUUCACAAGUUCAAAGGUCAGCAGGUGUUGGGGUUGGUGGAGAAUCAGAGUGAUUGGUAUUUGGGGAAUCUGUGGAAGAAUCACCGGCCAUGGCCUGCUCUCGGCAGAGGCUUCAAUACAGGUGUGAUUCUCCUGCUGCUGGAUCGUUUGAGGAAGCUCAGGUGGGAGCAGAUGUGGAGACUGACAGCAGAGAGAGAGCUGAUGAGCAUGCUGUCUACAUCACUAGCAGAUCAGGAUAUCUUCAACGCUGUGAUCAAACAGAACCCCUUCCUGGUUCAUCAGCUGCCCUGCUUCUGGAACGUCCAGCUGUCUGACCACACCCGCUCCGAGAAGUGCUACAAGGAUGUGUCCGACCUCAAGGUAAUCCACUGGAACUCUCCGAAGAAGCUGCGGGUGAAAAACAAGCAUGUGGAGUUCUUCAGAAACCUUUACCUGACCUUCCUGGAGUACGAUGGAAACCUGUUGAGGAGGGAGCUCUUCGGCUGUCCGAGCGAGACCGACCACAACAGUGAAAAUCUUCAGAAGACUCUGCUGGAGCUGGAUGAGGAUGACCCGUGUUAUGAGUUCCGGAGAGAACGCUUCACUGUUCACCGCACUCACCUCUACUUCCUGCACUACGAGUACCAGCCCAGCUCCGACCAGACUGACGUUACACUGGUGGCCCAGCUCUCUAUGGACAGGCUGCAGAUGCUGGAAGCCAUCUGUAAACACUGGGAGGGUCCCAUCAGUCUGGCUCUUUACCUGUCUGACGCCGAGGCUCAGCAGUUCCUGCGCUACGCUCAGGGUUCUGAGGUGCUGAUGAGCAGGAGUAACGUCGGGUAUCACAUCGUCUACAAGGAGGGCCAGUUCUACCCCGUUAACCUGCUGCGCAACGUCGCCAUGAGGCAGGUCAACACGCCCUACAUGUUCCUGUCCGACAUCGACUUCCUACCCAUGUAUGGACUCUACGAGUACCUCAGGAAGUCGGUGGUGCAGCUGGACAUGGCCAACACUAAGAAGGCUCUGGUGGUUCCUGCGUUUGAGACGCUGCGCUACCGGCUGUCCUACCCCAAAUCCAAGGCUGAGCUUCUGUCCCAGCUGGACAUGGGCACCCUCUUCACUUUCAGGUAUCAUGUUUGGACUAAAGGCCACGCUCCAACUAACUUUGCGAAAUGGCGUACAGCUACAACACCGUACAUGGUGCAGUGGGAGGCGGACUUUGAGCCGUAUGUGAUGGUGAGGAGGGACUGUCCUGAGUACGACCGCAGGUUUGUGGGAUUUGGCUGGAAUAAGGUAUCCCACAUUAUGGAGCUGGACGCUCAGGAGUACGAGUUUGUGGUUCUACCCAACGCUUACAUGAUCCACAUGCCUCACGCCCCGAGCUUCGACAUCACCAAGUUCAGAUCCAAUAAACAGUACCGAGUUUGCCUCAAGACUCUGAAAGAGGAGUUUCAGCAGAACAUGUCCCGACGCUACGGCUUCGCUGCGCUCAAAUACAUGACCGCAGACAACAACAGCUAGCGAAGACACACCCUGCGAGGGUACCGUUAGUAUCGGUAGGAAGGUAGGUGAUGUUGCAGGGUUAUAGUAGAUGGAGGGAUGGAUGUUUAAGAUGAUGGGGAAAAGAAAUCUGAGAGUCGUGCUUCUUCAUCAUCGUUCACCUUUUUAAUGACCUUUUUUGGUCAAAGCUCUGGAAAUAGCAAUAAUGCAGAAUCUCGCGUGGAGAAAGUCUGCAGAAUCUAUAGAGCCGCACAGACAGACUUCAGCUACUGCAUAAAUUGGAACUGGGACAUCGUCAUCAUCCAAUGGGCAGAAUAGAAAAAGGCUGUUUUUAUUUUCUUCUUUUUUUUUUGCCAUGGUAACCUGCACAUGACUACACAGGAAGCACCACUGCAGGAAAUCCAGCUAAUGAUGUCUUAAACUGGUAUGGAAUGAAGCUGUGGAGCGGUGUGAAGUUGCUGCAUUAGUACGGGCUCAGCACACGAAUCAUGGGGCUCCGUUUUUGCAGUAUUAGUGCUCUCAGACUGGAGAACAUGGACCCACCAGGAGAGCUCCAGUCAGGCAUUAAGUGGUAAAAUUAGGAAAGGUUAUGUCUAGUGUGCUUCAGGCACUAAAAGCAUCUGGUAAAACACUAGUGAUGUUUAGGUUUUCUACAGAGAAAAGAAAAGAGGAAACGGUUACCUACAACAACUCUCACCAACAGACUCUGGAUUCUGGAUUUUAAAGCAAUGGAGUGAUUUUUCUGGCCUCUAAGAAGAAGCACUGUGGCUGAAGAACAUGACCUCAGUGUACAGCAGCAGCAGUAGAUAGGUUUGGAAGACGUCAGGCUAUCAGCAUUGACAAUCCAGACACAAGAAGGCAAACACACGCACACUCACUCAGACAAGUCCAAACUUAUGACAUCUCACUCAGUAAUCACUGAGUCACUCCGACACCGUCCGUCUUCUUUUGAUGCAAAAAUGACACAGCAGUAUUUUCUCUUUAUACAUUUCUGUGCAUCAUCAUCGUCCUCGGAUUUCAAAAAGGGUGAUGAUUUUUGUUGCCAUUAUCAGGCAUCAGUAAUGUGUUUACACCUCACGCAGCUGCAUAAGCAAGCUAACGGAAAUGCACUAAAACUCCUCUAUGGUGGAGUCCGAAUGAGAAGGCAUUGAGAACCCCGUGUUUUGGUGUGGGUGGGUCUAGUUAAUGAAACUAAAUUCACACGGCAGCAUUUGAAAUGUAAGACAACCCUCAGUGCCAGUUAUGAGCCAUUCUAUGAAAUGGGUGCCAUUUGAAAUUUUCAAAAAAUUAAUCAUGUAUGUGAAAUUCUUUUUUUAGGUUUUUACAUGAUGGGGCUAUUGAUUGAGUUGAGCUUGUAGUUGGGUUGAGCUUAGACUCUGUCUGACAUGAAAAUGCAACAAAUUAAAAUAAUAAAAGAAUAUUAAAACUUGCCUAUUUUUGUUCCUGGUUGCUUUAAAGGCUCAGAUUAUGUCACUUUGGUUUUGUGACAUAAUAUAAAUUUAUAAUAUACCUAUAGACAAAACAGGUUGGAAACCUAGGGAUGCACACACUUUUUAAUGUAGGUUUUAAUUUUGAAUACUAUCACCUUUUUACUACAAUUUGUUCCUAAAUCAUCUCCUCAUGAUGCUGCAUGACCACCUGUGGUAACCUUCCCUUGGAUCCCCAGCUGAUCAGCUCUUACGAUUCUACCCCUUUAGGAUAGUGGCUUGUGGCAAGAUAGUGACUUAAGCUCAUUUAAAAAUAAAAUGUGACUUAGGCAAUUUUAAUACAGUGGUAUGAAAAAGUUAAUAAUAUAUCAUAUAGCAGACGAACAGUGAUAUUUGAAAAGUGAAAUGCAGUUUACAGGAUUUACAGAAUAUUUAGUAGAUCCUCCUUUUGCAGAAAUAACAGCCUCUAAAUUCUUCCUAUAGUUUUCAAUGCGACACUGGCUUCUGGUUGAAGGUAUUUUGGAACAUUCAUCUUUACAAAAAAAUAAAUGUUGUACUAAAAAUGAGCAAGUCAGUUAUUUUAGGAAGAUGUUGAAACAAACCUUAUUUAAACACAAACAUAAAUAUUUCAAAAGCACAGCUUAAGAUGCGACAGACAUUAUGCCAGUUAUUUGACAGGUAUAGAAUUCACAUGCCUGAUAACGCUAGCUUGUGAAUUUGCAAGCUAUUAUUGCUAAUAUAAGUGCGGGUCUUUCAAUUUAGUUUAAUGUAUUAUUGAUAUUUUAGAUGCAGGUGUCGACUUAUGGCCAUGUAAUUGUGAACAAUGAUUUAAAAUCGUAAUACUUUUUAUGAAGUAUUAUUCUUUUAUAUCACAUUACCAAGUAUAUAUGUAUAAAUAGCUUUACACUUUGGAAAUACAUUUUUUGUGCUUAAUUAAUGCAUUUUAUUAAUGCAUCAGGCCAAAACAACGAGGACACAAUGGCACCCGUUUGGUAGAAUGGCUGGUAUGAUAGGGAUAGAUUGCACUUUGUUUGCAGUCGAUCCCAUGAGGUGAUGAGGAACCUGCAGAGCCAUCCAGUCGAUUCUAGACAUUCAUAUUCAAACAUUUAAACAAAAAUAAAUCCUGAUUCACAGCUCUAGAAUAUAUUCAGUGAGCAACAUUAAUAAAAUGGUUGGGACUCAAACAAAAAUCAUAAGAUUGACCCCCAACAAUAAACUACAUGCCCAAAGGUAUUCAGACUGAAUUUGGCUACUUUUAUGAUUUGGGAUUUCUUUUCUUUGUUUAAGAGAUGAGUUUAUAUCUUAGAGAAAAUGAUCUCUAAGCUCUUCUUUUUAAAGAGGAGUGGAAAUGGAUUUGCAUUAGUUUGGCUCACUGCCUACAGAGUCUGGCUGCUGGUGAGAAAUUUGAGGGCUUGGGGUUUGUUUAGAACUUCUCAUUAAAACAAUCCAGGAGUGCUCUGCUAACAGAGAGCAAAGCCUCUGAGAAACGUAAUGUGUGUGUGUGUGUUCAGUUUUGUGCAAAACAGGGUUGAUUUUGUGUGUGUGUGUGUGUGUGUGUGUGUGUGAGGGUGUGUGUAUUGAACAGCGCUGGAUAUGAAUGUGUGUGAAAGUGUGUGUGGGUGGGGGUGUUAAAAAGCACUGAGAAUUUUUCUGCUACAUGAAUAAAUGCUGGAAAGAAUCGUC